AGAACAGAAGGACACACAUUUAGCGCUCAGACACGAGUCCUUUGCUAAUCAAUGCUGCGGCUCCUCGUCCCAUCGGACCCCGCAUGACAGCACCGAUGACCCGAGUUUAGACACGCACACACAGCACAGCUCGGCAUAAAACUCGAGCACAUCUCUCAGGACUCAGGACAGGACUCACAGAGCGCCGAAGGACCUUCACCAUGCAAACGAGAAUCUUGCUGCUGACUCUGACCCUGACGCUGGGGAUGAACAUGAUGGCAACAGGACAACCGCUUCACGCUGAGUGCAGAGUCAUCUGGCUCUUUGGCAUCCCAUGCCAGGACGUUUAUGUGCGUUUGGUGGACCAGAUCAAGGCCUGGAAAGGCAUGUCUGGCUGUAUAACUGUUGGACAGAGAUGCCUGUACGAGCUGGUGUCUGCUACACCUACCCACAUCGCAGCAAAACACACCAGCAGGCAGUGGACCAGCAAGGAGGAUCUCAACUUUCACCUGGUGUCAGCCGAGGAAUCUGUUUGUAGAGUGAUGGGAUUUUCUAUCUCUAAAGCAUGGGCCAGGGUGGAAGACAACGGCAUCACGUACUGCACUCUCUACAACCUCAUCGAGGGCAGCGGGCUGGUGGAAGCCGCGGGUUAUAAGCAGUACACGAACGAGUGGAUUUGUCUGGACUACUCGACGGCCAACUGCACCAUCUACUGAUGAGAUCUGCCGGUCUUCGAUGUGAUUUUCAGCAGUCAUACACAGUUAUAUAGUUUGAUAGCGUUAUUGUUUGAAUCCCAAGUGAAUAACAACAACCGUGCUGAACUGCACCAUUAUUAAAGCAUUGUGCUCGUU